CUUGUAAUGAUGGCGUCGUCUAAGAAGGAAGGGGUUGUUUCUGUUCCAAUUGGUAUAGAAUUACUACCGACUGUAGAAUGUAUAAAUAGGAAUAAAGCAUAUAAAAUCUUCAUUAUGGUAUCUACUUUUUUAUGCUAUUCAUCGUAUCAUCUUUCAAGGAAACCCAUUAGUGUAGUUAAGAAUGUUCUCCAUCAUAAUUCAUCAAAUUCAUCAGGCUGGGCUCCAUUUGAUGAACCCGAUUAUAAAACACUGCUGGGAAGUUUGGAUUAUGCUUUUCUCUUCACUUAUGCCAUUGGAAUGUUUCUUAGUGGUCAUAUAGCGGAACGUGUCAAUCUUCGGUACUUUCUAUCCUGUGGUAUGUUACUCAGUGGUAUUUUAACAGCUGCCUUUGGAUUUGGUUAUUUCUUCAACAUCCAUUCUUUAACUUACUAUAUUUUUGUUCAGAUAUUCUGUGGUUUAUUUCAAGCAACAGGAUGGCCCAGUGUUGUGACUUACAUGGGGAAUUGGUUUGGUAAAGGGAACCGUGGAUUGAUAAUGGGAAUAUGGAAUUCUCAUACAUCAGUAGGAAACAUUCUUGGUUCUGUUAUAGCUGGAGAAUUUGUUGAAACAAAUUGGGGAUGGUCUUUCGUUGCUCCUGGAAUAAUUAUUGGAGCCAUGGGUAUUUUUGCCUUUCUAUUUAUGAUUCACAAACCUGAAUAUGUUCAGUGUACUCCUCCAGAACAUGCAGAGAAAUCCAAAAACAAAUAUAUUCAGUCUUCAGAAACAGAGCCUUUGGUGGAAACAGAAGAGAUAUCCAGUGGCAAGGCCAUUAGUUUUUUGAAAGCCUUGAAGAUUCCUGGUGUUGUGGAAUUUUCACUUUGUCUAUUCUUUGCCAAAUUAAUCAGUUAUACAUUCCUCUACUGGCUACCUAACUUCAUCAAGAAUAAAACUCAUUAUAAUGCUCAGCGGGCUGCAAAUUUAUCAACCUUUUUUGACACAGGAGGUAUUAUUGGUGGUAUAUGUGCUGGAUUUCUCUCAGACAAAACUAAAUCCAGUGGAAGUAUAUGUAUGAUUAUGUCAGCAAUUGCAGCUCCACUACUCUAUACUUACAAUGCAUAUGGUGCAGUGAAUUACACUUGGAAUAUUGUAUUGCUGAUAAUCUGUGGAAUGUUUGUGAAUGGACCAUAUGCUUUGAUCACAACAGCUGUAAGUGCAGAUUUAGGUACACACCAGUGUUUGGAAGGGAACACUCAGGCAAUAGCUACAGUUACAUCAAUUAUUGAUGGUACCGGCAGCAUGGGUGCUGCUCUGGGACCAUUAUUAACAGGGAUCUUGUCACAACGGAACUGGAAUUACGUCUUCUAUAUGCUCAUUGCUGCGGAUGCUUUCGCAUUCCUGGUGAGUAUUGUCAUCACGUUCCGCUCUAAUGAAAACAAACUGGCCUUAAAGUAUAUCCGCCAGCAUAUGCCCUUUAAUACCACUGGACGCGUCAUCUUCACUGCCUUCAUUUUAAUCACACUUGCUGCUAUAUAUUUAUCAUAUUCAUCAUUAUCCAGGGAUUUCAUCACUUCUAAUUGAGGUUUUGUUGUGUUAUACACACACAAAUACACAUAUACAUACAUAUAUAUAUAUACAUACAUAAACACACACACACACAUACAUCUAUUAUACAUACAGACACACACACACACACAUAUAUAUGUGCAGAUAUAUAAUGUAUAUAUACACAUGUAUAUGCAUACAUAUAUACAUACACCCACAGACAUACAUACAUAUGUGUGUGUGUGUAUGUAUAUACAUAUUUUAGCUAAUCUAGACACUAAGCCUUUUUCCUUCAAAUGAAUCUUGUGACCAAUGUUAAUUGUGCCACCUGAUGGGUGGAAUAGAUUUAUUCAUCAAUUUCUAGAUUAUAUGACUUAGAAUUAGGGCCUCAGCUUAGGUUUGUCAUAGGCCAUAGGACUCUUAUAGGCAAAUCUUGGUGUAUAAGUGACUGAGACUGGAACACUGAAUGGGACCCCAGUUCUUCGCAGGGUUAACUUCUCAGCUGUUGCUGGAACUCAGUUUCUGCUAAGUAAACCUGAUCAACACGAAAUGAAAUGUUUUUCUCAAGAUCACAAUACACCACCCAAUCCAGGAAUUGAAACCAUGAUUCACUCUAACCACUAGGCAGCAUGUCUUCAUGAUUAAACAAGCUCUAAAUUAAUUCUUUAAAUUCAAUGGUGAAAACAAAUCUAUUUUAAAACAAUUUCACUCCAAAAACAAUUUUUCAAAGAGUUUUAACAGUUGAAAUAGUAACUGAUUGAUUUUUACCUAGCAACUUUCUACAAAGAUAAUAUGUAUCACCACAUAUUAUAAAAAUGCCAAAGUACUUUUGAUACUAUAUUAUAGCAUUUCUAUAACUGCUAGAAUACAGUUCUUUUAUUUUGACUUUCUUCAGAGUCAUUACUAGCAAUUAUUUUUUGUCAUUUAAUCUACCUCUGUUUUAAUAUUUAAAAUCCCAAACAUUAUUUCUCAUCGAAGUAAAAAAAAAAAUCUGGUAGAAUUUUCUACAUUAAUUACAACCCAGAAAUAGAUGAGUAAGUUGCUUGUCUUAUAAUGAAACUAAUUUAAUCCAUCCAUUAGUCCAACCCAUGCCAGCAUGGAAAACAGAUUUUUCUUGAGGAUGAUAUCUUUUCUAUUUACAAAAUUGGCCAUAUAUUUAGAUAAAAAUGUGUAAAAAGAUCUCUUUUAAAAUGUGAGAAAUAUUUAAAUGUGUAAUCUCUUUCAAGAAUUGAAACUUCAGAAUUUAAAAACAAAAAUCUCAGUAUUCAUAUUUAACUAUUUAUUUUAUUAUAUAUUUAAUCAAUUUUAUUAGAUAUAAAACCUACAUCUAUGGAAAGAAAGAAUGAGGCUAUCCCUUCUUUACUGUCAGCAGUAUACUGAUAAUUCCAGUAGAAUUUGAUUCUCUUUCAUGCUUUGGUGUCUGACAGAUUUACAUCUUAAAGUAAUUUGCUGUUUUAAAUGGGUUUUUUUAAAUAUUCCCAUGUGAUUCUUCUUUGAUUAGGAUCAGUUCUGUGAUUACCACUUUACUGGACAACCAAAGCUUAUGUGAUUAUAGCAUCAUUAUCCAUGAUGAUGAUACAUAUAUGCACACACACAUACAUACAUGUGACUGUGUUUAUGAAGGGAGAGGGGAUGCUUAUGGAAGAUUUUCUCAUUUUUAUUUGUUCCUUUUGCCUUUGUAUAUCAUAUUUAUUUAUUUAUUUAUAACAUUCAUAUCUUGGUAUAUUGAAGACCUUCUAAGUUAUUUCACAACAAAGGGAGAUUUUUUUUUACAACCCCUGCUUCUGUUAUACUAUUUAACUACAAAUAUUUACCAUCCAUACAUAGAUAUACACAUCUACAUAUUCAAUUAAACAAAUAUUCAGACAACUGCACAAUGCAGUGCAAGACAUGUUGCACACCUGAAAAGACUGUGAUUUUUAUUUUUCCAAAGUGUUUGUUGUCUUUUACUGAAGGAAUUUAUGUAUAUUCCUUCUGUAAUGAGAUAUGAAUCAAUAAGAGAAUGUAUCCGUAUUUUGAAUGAUUGAUAAUUAUAUAGUUUACACAUAUGUGUGUGUAUAUACAUGAUAGUUUUUAUAUAUUCAUAUAUAUAUAUAUAUAUAUAUAUAUAGAGAGAGAGAGAGAGAGAGAGAGAGAGUGUGUGUGUAGUUUAUAUCUUAUUUAAACAUACAUAUACAUUUGUACCUCAUAGUUUGCAGUAAAAAUAUUUGAUAUUUUACCUUGUUAUGUUUUAUUACAUAUAAUAUAUAUAUAUAUUUGUUUUAGCAAAUAUUGGCUAAACUGGCAAUAUGACCAUCCCCAAGUACAACAAAAUAUAUAUAUAUAUAUCUAUAUAUAUAUAUAUAUAAUAAUAUACAUAUACAUAUAUAUGUAUAUUAUUACAUGUGUGUGUGUGUGUGUAUCUAUAUAUGUAUAUUCUUUUGGGGAAUCUCAUGAAGCACACAUAAAUCAUGUAAAUAUUGGGUUGGAAAAUCCUUCUGGAUAGGAAAAGUCAAAGGCUUCCUUCGACUUUAUGUAUGUUAUUUAUAUCUCUAUGUAAACACUUCAAGAUAUUCCGGAAAAGAAUUAUUUCUCACUCUCUCAGAAUUCUUAUGAAAUAACAAUGUGUGUGUAUGUACAUUUAUAGUUGUGUGAGUAAUAAGUUUGUCAAGACAGUGAAAUCACUGUUUCUUAUUGCCUGUUUUUCAUUUUUUAAAAAUUUUAUUUUAUUUACCUAUAUCAAACCGUUGACAAUCAUAUUUCAUUGAUUGAAGUGUUUGCUUUACAAUUAUUUAAUCAAGAAUUUUUAAUUUGGGAGGCAUAUUUGGUUUUGGUAUAUUUAGUGAAGUAGUUAUAUAGAUUUUAUUUUAAAUAUUCAAGAAAGUCAAUGUUAUGUGCCUAAUUCAAAUGAUGUUAGCAGUAAAAAUUAUAUAUAUUUUUGUAUUUUGUAUUGUUACAUUUCAUGACACAUAUAUACAAUGAAAUGUGUGUGCGUAUAUAUAUAUAUAUAUAUAUAUAUAUACUACACACACACACACACACACAUAUAUAUGCAUUUCUUUCCUUUCCUGAGCCUCUGCUUAUACAUUACAUGUACCACAUACUCGCGUUGUCAUUUUUUUCUGCUUGUUCUUUUUGGGAUUUACUAUAUACACAUAUACAUAUACAUACAUACAUACAUACAUAUAUAUAUAUGUAUAUAUAUGCAUAUAUAUGUAUAUAUAUAUAUAUAUAUACAUAUAUAUAUAUGCGUGUAUAUAUAUAUAUGUGUGUGUGUGUGUGUGUAUUAGUAUAUAUAUAUUGUAAUAAUAUUAUAUUUGUAUAUACACCUUGUAGUAUGUUAUUUAAAGCUCAUUCGACUAUCUGAUGUCAACAACUGUAUGGUGGUAUAUGCCACUGGAUUUAUUUCAGUAAUUCCUUUGUGUCCAUAGCGUUUAUAUAUAAAAAAUCAAAGACAGAAAGUGGAAUUCAUGAGACUCUUUAUUCAGAACCACUACAAUCGUUUCAACCCAUCAUGCACCAGUACCUUACAGGUGAGAUACUAUAGAAACAGUUAUCAUGCAUUAUAGGUGCAGAUGAAUUUCUUCCAGUGACUUUUCAAAAAGUACCUCAUUUUUUAUUUAUCAUUACACCUAUUUCUAUAGGCGUGGCUGUAUUAUAAGAAGCUUGCUUCCUAACCACAUGGUUCUGGGUUCAGUCCCUCUGCAUGGCACCUUGGGCAAGUGUCUUCUACUAUAGCAAUGGCCUGACCAAAGCCUUGUGAGUGGAUUUGGUAGUCAGAAACUGAAAGAAGCCCGUCACAUAUAUAUAUAUGUGUGUGUGUGUCUGUGUUUUGCCCCCCCCCCCACUCCGCCAUCACAUCUGAUAUUGGUGUGAUUACAUCCCCAUAAACAUAGCAGUUUGGCAAAAGAGCUCAAUAGAAUAAGUAUUAGGCUUACAGAAAAUAAGUCCUGGGGUGGAUUUCUCCAACUAGAAAGUCCUUAAAGGUGGUGCUCCAGCAUGGCCACAGUCAAAUGAGUGAAACAAAAGAAUAAAAGAAAAAUACAUUUUGCUUAUUAUAGCAUACUAUCCAUCUCAAUAAUAAACUGAGAUAUAAAGGCAGAAUCCUUCCCAUAUAAGCAAUAAAAUAAAAUAUACAAAAAUAAAAGAAUAGGCAAUCAAAAAAUUAAUAAAAUAAAGUUAAUGAAAAAGGAAUACACUGAUAAUAAGACACAGUUAAAUAAAAACAUACAAUAUACAUAGGCAUAGGCAUGGCUGUUUGGUAAGAAGCUUGCUUUUCCACCACACAGUUCCAAGUUCAGUUUCACUGCAUAGCACCUUGGGCAAGCGUCUUCUACUAUAGCCUUGGUCCAACCAAAGUUCUGUGUAUAGAUUUGGUAGACAGAAACUGAAAGAAGCCCGUUGUAUGUUGGGUCAUCACAUAAAUAAUGCAGUUUUUUUUUCAAUUGCAUGAACUAAAAGUCAGAGGGGGACAGGAUAAACUACCUGCAUCAAAUUGCUGUAAAAGCAGAUAGUAAUUUUACCAUGUUUUUAUCCUUAGUGCAAGUUUUGAAGAGUGCAGUUCGAAUUUAACAGUUAUUAUUUCAAAGCUAUAAUGGAAGUCACAAAGGAGCAUAUUCAGCACAUUUUGCUUUAUGAGUUCAAUAAAGGCAGCAAUACAAUGGAAAGUGCAAGGAAUAUUAAUGCACUAUAUGGGGAUUGGACAGUAAGCAUAAGUCAGUGUCAAGGGUGGUUCCAUAAAUUCCAAGCCGGAAACUACAGCCUAGAAGAUGAGCCUCAUCCUGGAAGAUAUGUAGUGCUUGAUGAGGACAUCCUGCAAACUCUGGUGGAACAAAAUUUUGUUGUAACUGUUGAGAAACUAACGGAGACGCUUGGAUUUGGUCAUUCAACCAUUCAUCGACAUAUGCACUAGAUGAAAAAUGACCAUCUUUGGUUUCAAGAUGAAAGGUGUCCUUCCAUCAGGAUAAUGCUCAGCCAUAUACAAGGAUGACAUUCCAAAGGCUGGAACAGUUUGAAUGGGAAAUGAUGCCCCACCCACCAUAUUUGCCAGACAUAGCCCCAUCUGAUUAUCAUUUAUUCCGUAGUCUUCAAGAUCAUUUGGAUGGAAAAAAUAUGAAUUCUGUAGAUGAGGUCAGAACAGUACUGGAGAAAUAUUUUUUGUCAUGGACAAGUGAAUUUUGGAAGAGUGGCCUUGCAAAUCUACCAGAUAGAUGGAAGAGCAUUCUAGAAAAUCAAGGAGAGUAUAUUUUAGAUGAAAAAAGAACUUUCUCUUCAUUUUGAAAAACAAAAGAAGUAUAAAAAGACUGCAUUAUUUAUGGGAUGACUCAAUGUAUGUGUGUGUGUGUCUGCGUUUGUCCCUCUCCCCUUCCCACUGCUUGACAACUGGUGUUGGUGUGUUUGUGUCCCUGUAACUUAACAGUUCGGCAAGAGAGACUGAUAGAAUAAGUACCAGGCUUAAAAAAUAAGUACUUUAAAGUACCAGUUCAUGAUGGAUCAAAAUGAUCAUACUGGUUCUGAAUAAAGAGUCUUGUGAAUUCCAUUUUCGGUCUUUCAUAUUUUUCGUAUUGAAUUAUAUAUAUAAUCCAAGUUGUGUCCUCAUGAAGCACAUCUUCAUGUUCAAAACAAUCAAAUGUAUGUAUGUAGAUGUUUUAUUUUGAAUCAGACUUAUAUAGCAUUUGAAAUUUCUAUAAAAGACUGCAAAAAUUUGGUAUAUUUAUAAUUUAAUUCUGUUACACAUGUUUCAUUACAGGAUAAGAGUUACAAAGGAAUACAUGUUGAAGAAACAUCUAUGACUUGUUAUUCAUAUCCCAUAAUGAAACAUAUGUAACAUCAAAUUAGAAAUACUCUAAAAUAUCCCAGUCUUAUGUUUUGAAUUGUAUAUAAUUAUAUAUAUGUAUGUAUAUGUGUAUGCAUACAUUUAUCUAUAUGAUUAAAUUGUGUGUGUGUGUGUGUAUAUAUAUAUAUAUAUAUAUAUAUAUAUAUGCACACACAUAUAUAAUUAAAUUUAUAUAUAUAUAUUUUUCCAUGCACAAAAUUCUCAUUACACACCUGUGUUAUAAAACAACAUAUAUUUACACAAACAAUUAUAAUAUCUAACAAACCUUUACUAAUAAACUAUAUAUAUAACCCAAAUGUAGUCUGCUGUACUUGUGUGUAGGCAAACUGAAUUAUUUCUUUACACCUAAAAAAUUUCUGCAGUUAGUCCACUGAUUUCAUACCUGAAGCUCAAAUAUUUUUCUCAAUAAAUUUAUUUCAAACA